AUGAAUGAUUUCAAUGAUUCAAUAGUAUUUAAAAUUAUUGUUAUUGGUGAUGCUAAUGUAGGGAAAACGUCUUUAGUUAAAAGAUAUGUUGAUAGAGAAUUUUAUAAAGAAUUAAAACCAACUAUUGGAGUUGAUAUAAAAAAUAAAACAAUAAAUAUAAAUGAAGAAAAUAUCUGUCUUACUUUUUUUGAUACUGCAGGUCAAGAAAAAUUUGCUGCUGUUACUGAUAGUUAUUUUAAAGGUGCAAAGGCAUGUAUUAUUGUUUAUGAUAUUACUAAAGCAGUCACAUUUAAUAGUGUUGAUAAAUGGUAUAACAAAUUAAGAAAUAUUGUUAGUGACCCUAUCCCAGUUUUAAUUAUUGGAAAUAAGUCAGAUAUUGAACAACAAAGAGAUAUUACUACUGAUGUUGGGGCUUCUCUUGCAAGAAAAUUAGGUGCUUUUUUUAUUGAAACUUCAUGUUUAAAUGGGUCUAAUGUUGACAAAGCAAUUAAAAUUAUUUCUAAUGAAAUUAUUAAUAAUAAAGUAGUUGAAAAUUUACGUUUAACUCAAUCAACAAGUCUUCGUCUUGAAAAACCUGAUGUUGAGCAACAAUCAUCAAAACAAUGUUGCUAA